GGGCUGCGGGGGCCAUGGGGGCUGAUGCUGCGCCGUGUUCUUCGGCGUUCCCCAUUUUUUUAAUAUUUUUUUUAAUUUUUUAAAAUUUCUUUUCCUUUGCUCCGCCAUCCUCACCGCCCAGAUCUCUGCCUCCUCCCUCCAUCCUCCUUUGAAUAACUCGGCCAGGAGCGAUCUGAGGAGGAGGAGGAGGGAGGAGGGGGGAAAGAGGAGCCGAGCAAACCUGUGGCGGAGGAGCCGGCUGGUGGAGAGUGAUUGCCUCCUGAUUUCCCCUCUCGAGCGGCAAAAGGAAAGCGUUAAGGAAGGCUGAGGUGCCGUGCUUUGCUGGUGUCCUGAGCGUGAGCUGUUUCUCCUGUUACUCACCAGCAGCUCAGACCUUUUUCCACCCACCAAGUUUUACUGUUUGCCGUGUAGCAGCUGCAUCCCCCUUAGCACACGCCGCACCGUGUCGCACUAAUUCACCGGGUGCCUUGCAAGCUUGUCUCGGCUCUUGGUGGCUUUUGGAGCCUGUGGGAAGUCGUCGGGAUGCAGCCGGGCCCCGUCAGGAGACGAUAGCGGGACGAGAUCGGCCGGGCUGUGGUCGCCAGUAACUCCGCCGGAGGAGAACGUGUGUGAUCCUGUGUCACCCCGGGUGCUUGCUGGACUACAAGAGGAUCUCCUCAUUGCCUGGGAAAUCGAAUUCCCCCAUUGUUCAGCUGUAAAAUAGCUGCACAAGGCCGCGAUUGGCAAAGGACUGGAUCACCCAGGUUGCUUACAUCACGUAGGCAGCUGCCACCGAAAUGACACACUUGAUUGAAGGCCAAAAGAACCAUAUACGUAACUGCCUGUGAUUAAGCUCCAUAUGAUGCCUCAGAGCAAGUAAAAACCCCUCCUUCAUCUCAUCUGGUUUGUAACGAGACAGCCGUUGCAGGGAUAUCAUUUGGGUCAUGUUGUGGCUUUUUGGGGAUUUUCGUUUUGUUUUUGUUUGGGUUUCUUUUAAUUUUUUUAAUUGCUUCUGGCUGUAAACUUCCAUGACCUGCAUCAAUCUGCCGUCGCACCCUCGCGCAGUGCCCCAUGAGAGCCUGGUGCUGUAAGUGUGCUGGUAGCUGGGAAUACAGAUUUUACCAGGGAGAAGAUGCCAUUCCACCAUGUAACAGCCGGCUUGUUGUACAAAGGCAACUACCUGAACCGCUCCCUCUCGGCUGGCAGCGACAGCGAGCAGCUAGCCAAUAUCUCUGUGGAGGAGCUGGAUGAAAUCCGUGAAGCGUUCCGGGUGCUGGACAGGGAUGGGAAUGGUUUUAUAUCCAAGCAGGAGCUGGGCAUGGCGAUGCGUUCCUUGGGAUACAUGCCCAGUGAGGUGGAGCUGGCGAUUAUCAUGCAACGCCUUGACAUGGAUGGGGAUGGCCAGGUUGAUUUUGAUGAAUUCAUGACUAUUCUGGGACCUAAGCUGGUAUCAUCAGAAGGCAGAGACGGCUUUCUGGGAAAUACAAUAGACAGCAUAUUCUGGCAGUUCGACAUGCAGAGGAUAACAUUGGAAGAGCUGAAACACAUCCUCUACCACGCCUUCCGGGACCACUUGACGAUGAAGGAUAUCGAGAACAUCAUUAUCAAUGAAGAGGAGAGUUUAAAUGAAAACUCUGGCAACUGUCAAACAGAGUUUGAAGUGCACGCCCAGAAGCAGAACAGACAGACCUGUGUACGGAAGAGCCUUAUCUGCGCCUUCGCCAUGGCCUUUAUUAUAAGCGUGAUGUUGAUCGCGGCCAACCAGAUCCUGCGGAGCGGCAUGGAGUAGCCUUUUCACCAUGACACUGUGACCCAAACUGACCAUGCAUGCGCAUGCCACCGGGUGAGCUUCCCCCGACCCGGCUCUCACACGGCAAAGGGACAGAGGCGGGCAGGCAACGCACCAUUCGACAAGGAGCCUGAGGCCAGCAGCGUAACGUGUCUUGUGAAUCAACUACAUCCUUUUUGGCAGGGACAUCAAAGGGCUGUCUUAAUGCUUUAAAGGUUUUGUUUCCUAAUGCAAUAAAAAAAAAACCAUACAGGAGUCCCGAAUUAUUGCUUAAAACAGCAAUGGUAACUCGGAAGGAACUUUCAUCCAGCAGCCUGUAUUGCAGUUUGAGGCGCAGCCUCGUGACUUAUUGCAGCGGGGCUGUCUUUUAACCGAGGGGCCCACUGACUAUUCUGUGUAGCUCUCCGCUGGGCCCGCAUUCCCAGAAGUUGAUCGUAGCAUUGCCACAAGCAAGUUCUGUUUGUUUUAAUUCAUGUACUUCAGCGUCACUUUGGUUUUUUUUCCCUUAUGACCAUGCCUUUGAGUUGACGGCAUUAGAGGGGAGCUAGAGAAUCCUUGUACAGUAUUUUCAGAGUAAAAAAAAGAGGAGAAUUUGCCAGCGUCAUACAAAACUUCUAUUUUUGCUUCAUGAACACAAGACUGUGGGGUAGCCAUCUUUUUCCAACCAUGAACAGGGCUUGAGAAGCACCACCCAUCUUCACACAUGGGCAUUUCUGAGAUUUGUGCACAGUCUUCCAAGCGACUCUGCGACCACCAGCGCCAGUUGAAACUCCCUCUAUUUGGUCCUGUCUGCAUAUUCAACAUUUGCUUUCCAGCAGUUUUGCCUUUCUCCUGUAUCGGUCUUCAGUAACCUUAUCUGAGAUGAGAAUCACGAGGAAAGCUCAGAAAGAGCUUUCCUCCCCUCCCCUUGCCUGUGCAAUUCUUAUUUAUUUCAUUUCAUAUGCCCUGGGGAAACCUCUGUAUCAAAUACAUUCUCAUGGGAGAGGGGAUAUUUUUGCCUACAAGGUUGUGUGUGGUUUUGACCAGCCAGCUGCUCUGGUCCGUCCCAGGGGCCAUCCUUCCACCAGUGUCCCAUGGGCAGGCUCCAAAGAGGGGAUGCUGAAAAGCGGGAGAAGAAGAUAGCAACCUAAAGCCUACCACCAUAUGUUACAUAGUGUGUCUGACUUCCAGAUCAUAUAAGUGUUCGUUGUUUUCCCUGGAAGAGAUUUUAGUGAGCAGCAAGAAGAUGGAGUGAUGCAAACUAGAGACACAACACGUCCCACGGAAAGUGCAUGGAUUGGGCGAGCCUGGAGCUGGGAUUACAUGGGAAAGCGUUUUUCCUUUUAGACUUUGGAUUAACUGUGCACCCGUGUGUCACCCCAGGACAGCUCUGCUUUCCUUGCUCUGGUGGGAAUGGAGCCGGCAUGGUGGGCGCUCCCAGAGGAGGUCCAUGGAGGCACCCAAGUGUUGGAGUUGUGGUGGCUUCAUGGUGUUGGCUGAAUGAGCUCCAGAAACACCAAGGAACAGCGAGAUCUUGCUCCUGUGAAUGCAGAUGACUGUGUCACGAGAGGGGGCAGGAUGGAUCCCCAAGGGAUUGCAAACCACGAGCUUCCCUCAUCCUACACAGCAGCCAUCAGCUUAAGCCUGGAUCCAUCCCAAAGACUCGUUUCAGGUCUUUCUUUGAUUACACGUUCGAUCAAUAACAUUUAACCUGUAUUUUUUAGUAGCCUAAUUUAAAAAUUUGCUUCUCAUUGUUCUGUCUCCCCUCACCCUUUUAAACUCAUGUCACUGCUUUGGAUUUUGCCUUUAGGUGUGUGUCUCAGUCACCACCAUCAUUGCCAUUUUCCUGGUCCCCCCUCCAUCACCAAUGAUGACAGACAUCUUUUCCAGAGCAGCUGAGUUAUUUUUUUUCCUGCCUUUCACAAACACACAUUUCUGUAUUUCUGUUCUGCUGUGACUAAUAGAGGUCAACUGCAAAAUGUUGUGCAAAAAAUGGUUAUAUCUCCCAGAAGAUGGAGAGUUUUAUGUUUGCUGUAGGGCAGCAGCAGACUUCAAACCAACAACAGAAGAAUCUUAGGCCAGCUCUGAGCAGGAGAUUUGCACGGCUGGGGAGCCAGGGCACGUUCCCAGCACUCCCUGCUCUGGACAUUGUAGAUAAUGAGCUUUGAGGUCAUUUUAAGGAAACACAUAGACCAAGCCUUUCUCCAUGUUCUUCUCACCCAUCUAAUCCCAGGCAGACUCCAGUGAUAUCAGCUGCCCUACAGACAUGCAGAUCUUUUGCAUUCCUGUAAGCUCUCUGGAAAGCUCCAGAAUUUUUACACGCAUGCUCCAUAAAACCCUUUGUAAAUACAGUCAUUUUUCAGUACAAUUCUUCACCUUGAAGCUCCAUUUGUAAAACCAAACCUAUAAUUAAUAUAUCAGUAAAAGCCAUAGCCUGGAAUCAGUAGAGUUCAUUGCAAAACUCCCCACUGAUUUUACUGGGUACAGGAUUUGGGGGGUUUGCUUUUUCUGUAGGGAACCCAAUUUACUCAUUCUGAAUCAAUGUCAUGUCUUGCCAGAGGUCUCAGCAGCCUUUUUCCAUCUAAAGGCAUCUUGAAGAGCCCUACUUUAAUUAGUCAGGCUCUUCUGGUAUUAACAGCUGGUGGCGAUGCAGGAUGGAUCAGGCCAAGCCAUUUCAUCCUUUCCUCUCCGCACAACCUUUCUACUGACACCUUCCCAUCCUUCCAAGCCAGAAGUGUUGGACCCAUGUCUCUUACCUACCUCCCUGGCUCCAUUUAUGUAAGAUCCAUUUAUCUUCCUUUCUUUUUUUCUGUUCUACACAAGAAGAAAAAAAAAAGGAGGAGGGAGGGGUGCUUUUUGUUGCUUUUAAAGAUGGUAGGUAAAAAUAGAGCAGUAAAAUUUUCAUUGGAACCUGAUGGCAAAAGCUUAGGGGGAAGAAAGUAGAAGAAUCAAAGAAAUAAAAAUUUUAAAAACCCACUUCCCAUUCUUUAAGGAAAAAGAUAUAUAUUUAAGUGCUAAUUAACAUACUUUAAAAAAUACCCAGACUGCAGCAGUGCUAGGUAGAGCUGUCAGAAAAAGCACUAAACUUAUUCUCUUGCCAGUUACAUGAGAAUUUAAGUGUCUUUUCAGCGCUGCAAUUCUGUAUGAAAAGGAUAUUGCCAUGGCAACCCUCGCUGUUCGUGACAUGUGUGCCACUGUGUCGGAGUGACAAGCAGCGAUUGCCACCGCGCUCCCAGCCAAACCAAGAUGGACAAGCAGCUCCCGGCAGCCCGGGACAGCGUUUCAGCUCGUUGAUUAGCAGAUUAUUAGUAAAUCGUGAGCACCCCAAAGAUAAUUUUGUUGUCUUAGCCACAGAAAAAUGUGUGCAAUUAAACAGAUUGACAGGCAGGGAUGGCUUUGAGAUGUAUAUGAUUCUUUCAGCUUGAGAGAGGCUUUAGUUUGGUUUGGGAGCAAGUGAAAUCAAUGUGGUGUAAGCACUGCUCAGCACAGGCUGUCCUGUGCUUGUCAAGGACACUUUGGGCAGGUCCUCCAUAUAGGGAUCGAUCUCUGAUGGGAAGGAUUUGGGUUACUGCUCCUGCAAGGCAGCCGGCCGCAUCACUGAUAACCGUUGUCUUUAACCAUUGACUUUGACUUGAACUGUUGACUUUGACUUGAAGCGUUGACUUUGACUUUGAAGGAAUAUCCUGAUUUUCUGCUCCGGGAGAAGCCAACAGAAAGAAUGGCAGGCACAUUGCACGCUGAAAUACUUUGGAGGCCAUGGAGAAAUGAAUUCCAGCAAAUGCUACUGAAGGGAUAUUGCUUAGCUGUCAAGUCCAAAGCCAUACCAUAAGGUCAGCCAUGAAGAAAACCACAGCUGAGGAGUUCCCAGGCAGGACAAGAGCAUCAUGGUGGUGGCAGUGGCCUUGGGGACCAGGCUCCUGCCCAUGACAGGCUCUGUCACCGAAGGACUUCACUGGGGCCACUUCCGCCACUGAGAAGUAUUUUCUAAUCAAAAGCAAUACCAACAAUAAUUUAAAGAAUUAGACAGGGUGGGCAACUGGGAAAACUUGGCUUUGCUAGGGAGUAUUUGGUCCUCAUGCUGUUGGAGGUCAUAUAGGAUAAAAGAGAGGUAACAAAGUAAUUCUUUUUCACGUUUGAUGGUUACCUACAAAUGUUCCAGUUACUGUUAUCAGCCCCCUGUCCUGGUGAAGGUGCUCACAGACCCCCAGGACAAGGGUCACCUGGGAGCACAAGGGUGGAGACCCAUUCCCUGCUCCCCGGUGAGCCAGAGCUGAGUCUUUAGUUAUCAUCUGGUGAUGUGAAGAGGUCUUAUACCAACUAUUCCAUGGUUACUGGGAGCUCACAUGUUGGAUAUGGUGCACUGGUAGGGCUGGGUGUUGGUUGCUUUGCAAGGCAGAAUUCCAGCAACUUUGUAAAAGAAGAGAUAUGUACAUAUAUACCCAUCUUUUUAAGAUGGGGCCAAGUAAAUGGGGUUUUUUUUUGGUCUUUCUCCCAUAAGAAAUGGGAUAGCAAGCAAGCAAAUCAAGGAAAGGUAGAGAGCAUUCCCAAGGAUGCUACUCUGGAUGGCUGAAGUCUGUUUGACAGACCUGGAUGAGCAAAAUACCUACUGGCAAACACUUUUUUCCACGGAAAGCACAGGAAUGUUCUUUCACAAACAAAGAUGCUGCAGAAGACCGAAACAUCUCCUGGGGCACUUGGAGGGCUGCGGUGACCACGGGAGGUCCAGCGCUGGCUCUGCUGGAGGUGACGCGCUGCUUGGCGAGCUGCCCGGGCCACAGAGACUCAGCUUUGUCCACAAAUGCGAAGGGCUGUCACCGCACAAAAGAGAGAGGUGCACAGUCCCGAGUCAGACUUAAAUCUGCGAGGAGAGAAGCAGUAGGAGGAAUACAUUAAGAUCACUAAGAAUGAAGUUCACCAUUUUAUCCACACGUGUAAUAAGUUAUUUAGUUUCUGCUUUAUGGAUGACUAUUUGAAAGAAGAAAAGCCAACUCUUCUAAAAUGAGAAUCUGAUGAAGUAUCUUUUUUUUCUUGGCUCUGAAUCAUGCUUACAUUCCACAGAUGAAGACAUACGUAACUUGCUGGUUUUCAAUCUAUUCUUUUACUGUGCUGUGUUCUGACAGUGCAAUUACAUUUCCUUGGCAUCACUUAAAACCUGUUUCUUUCCCAAGAAUUUAAUAUAGAAAAAGAAAAGGCUCACAACAUUUUCAUUUCUAUAUAUUGUGGGUUGUUAUCAGGACUGGAUCUCAGUUUUCUCCAGUUCAAGUAGGACAUUUUAGGCAGCUCUGGAAACUGUAGAAUCUUUACCAAGAGCAAGAUGUACAGAAAAUCUGACAACAACAUUUUAAUUGGGAGAGUACUCCACUCCUACCUCUCCAUUGCAAAAGUCUGAAAAACUGCCCCAAUUUGGCAUCUUUGCUAGGAAAGAAUUUCAGCCCCAGAAGCAAGGGAAUAGGGAAAAGGAGAAAAAGGAAAUUCUCUGGAUCUAAAGAUCGGUACUUGACUGUUUGAUGUUGAAAAUGCCUUUGAGUUCUUUUGUUUUCUGUCAAGACAGACCAAAAUAGUUUGUAGCCUUGAAGAGCAUUACUACAUGAAAUUGCCAUUUUCCACCCAAUUACUGUCUACAGCUGCCCAUGGCCAGGCUUUGCCAGCAUCAGGAACAAGCAGCUUCAAACACUGUUGGUUUUACAGUGCUUUAGGUGAGAUCCCUGCAAAAACUUCCCUUUAUCAGCUGCUCUUGUGUCUUCAUCAGCCACCAAGUAGACAUUUGACUGUCCCAUUUGAAGCUGUUGAGCUACCGCUCUGGUCUUGCCAACACUUGGGCAUGUCUUGUCUCUUUUGUGACCAGUCCCACUAAACCCAGACCAUAAAGCCGAUGUGUUUGCAGCAUCAGGCCCCUGGGGAUUGAUUUGACAUCGGUCCUCAAAUACAUCUUUCUGCAUUCAUCUUGCACCAGCCCAAGGAGGAUAUUACAUUCGCAACCAUCUCUUUCAGAGGAGCCAAAGCUAUUUAGAGCUUCACGCACCAGCUCUUGUUGUCUCACAUUUUAAUUGGGGAUGGGGUUAGAAGAGAGAUUAAGUUCCUCGUGGACUCCGGGGUAAAUCAGAAGUAACUCGUUAGAGUUAAUUAGCUUAAACUGGAAUAAGCCCAGAAUCCAGCCUUUUGCCAUUUAAUCCAUAUGAGGAUCUAGGUAGUCAAUGCCUCCAGAUUCAUCUCUAGGCAGUUCUUCACUAAUACAUGCAUCUCCUUUUUUGCUUUUUGUCAUUAUUUCAUCCCUCUCUGUUUUCAAGCCAUUUACUGUUCAUUGCUAAACUGACCAUUUUUUGCUCGUUAACAACAGACAUGGCAUUUUAAUUAAAGAAAACAACUCACAAAGUCAGUGCAUAAUGGUUAACAAAAAAAAAAAAAAAAAAAACAACUUUGUAUAAAAUACUGUAAAUAUUAAUAUAAAUUAACUUGGCAUGCAACCUAAAUAAAUCCUGUGUUAUUGCAAGUUACCCAAGUGUAUAAAGACAUGUAUAAAGGAAAACCGAAUGCCAUAUGUAUCGGCUGUUUCCUCUAACCAAACACUACUGUAAAUAUAUAAUCUGUAUAAAAAGAUUUUAAUUUUACCAUUAUUUAUGCAAUAGAAAUAAAGGUUUUUUUUCUUUUGA